AUGGAGAGAGAGAAUCGAUUAUCAGCAGCUGAAUAUCUCAAGUGGAUUUUGCCUGAUCUUGAGGGUCUUGAUGCUCAAGAGGUUCUUAAACAACAGGAGAGUGCGUACGAGUACUACAAUUUUGGACAACGCGGGUUUGAACACGGGGAAUCGAGCAAUUUCAUUGAUGAGUAUGAUAUUGAUGAAGCCUUAGCAAGAUCAUUGAUGAUGCUGGAUGUUGAAGAUCAAUUUUCACCUCCUAACACAAGAUCAAAUGUGACAGAAGUCCAUGUAGUGGAGACCCCCCUGGAACAUGAUCAUGACAUUGAUCCGGAUACAAUGAGUUAUGAGCAAUUGCAAUCACUGGGAGAUGCUGUUGGACAUGAGAGCAAAGGGUUGUCUGAGAAAGACAUCUCCAAGUUACGAACAUCCUCAUUCAAAGUUAAGUCAUCAAAGAAAAAAGAAGAAGAAGACAAAGAUGAGUAA